GUAUAAUAAAGGUCCAAGAUUCAGUUUUUGACUUGUGAGUUGUGAAACGGAACCAAUGGAGUCGCCUUUCAAGCCAGAGAUUCUGAAAGGGAAGGUAGCCCUUUUGACCGGAGGAGCUUCUGGCAUCGGAUUCGAGAUUUCCACACAGUUCGGUAAACAUGGCGCUUCCAUCGCCAUCAUGGGCCGCCGCAAAGCCAUAGUUGACGCUGCCGUCUCCUCCCUCCGCUCUCUCGGUAUUCCGGCUGCUGGUUUUGCGGGUGAUGUUCGCAACCAAGAAGAUGCAAAGAGAGUAGUGGAAUCAACCAUUGAGCACUUCGGAAGGCUCGAUAUUCUUGUGAAUGCUGCAGCUGGCAAUUUCCUGGUCUCACCAGAAGAUCUAUCUCCAAAUGGCUUUCGUACAGUUAUGGACAUCGAUUCUGUUGGCACAUUCACCAUGUGCCGGGAAGCACUGAAGUAUCUUAAGAAAGGAGGAGCAGGAAGAAAGGAAUCAGAUAAUGGGGGAUUGAUUUUGAACAUCAGUGCCACCUUACACUACACAGCUUCUUGGUACCAAAUUCAUGUAUCUGCUGCUAAGGCAGCUGUAGAUGCGAUUACAAGAAAUUUGGCUCUUGAAUGGGGUACUGAUUACGACAUACGCGUGAAUGGAAUUGCACCUGGACCAAUAAACGACACCCCUGGAAUGAGGAAGCUUGGGCCAGAGGAGAUAAACACCAAAACAAAUAGAGAUGUUAUGCCUCUGUUCAAACUUGGGGACAAAUGGGAUAUUGCUGUUGCAGCCCUCUAUCUUGCAUCGGAUGCUGGUAAGUAUGUGAAUGGGAUGACACUUGUUGUUGAUGGAGGACUGUGGCUGAGCCGGCCACGUCAUUUACCAAAGGAGGAAGUCAAAAUGCUUUCUCGGGUAGUAGAAAAGCGAGCCAGACAGGCGCCAACCGGGGUACCUUCUAGUAAACUCUAGGGAACGCCGUUCUUAUUGGUUGUUAUUUGUUAAUAAGAAUAAGAAUUUAAAUUGUGACAUGGAUUUAAUAUGUAUUAUUAUGUUAUAUGAUAUUUGAUAAGGUUAUAUGUCACUAUAAUGAAGUGAAUCCAUCCUA